AGCAGAAGCAGAGGAGCAAAUGCUUUGGCAGCAGAAGCAGUAAAGCUCGCAUACCGCCACUACAUACGUAACGUGCCUAUGAGUGGGCGGGUUUGUGUACAUGUCUGGACAUGUAUUUGACAGCCUUUCCCUUUUGGCCAUUGGUAUGCUUCGUGUGGCUCUGUUUCGGUCUAGGCGACUUGACGAAAUUCGCUGUCAAACGUAACGCGCCCCACUAUGGAAUCCACCCGACAAACGCACUGGGUCGUUGGGACUGGAAUAAGCACAAGCAGCUGCACUCCGAUGCCAGGCAGAUCGGGCAUUUAGAGACGGGUAACGAGUCGCGGGAGGACCAACUAUCGGAGGAGCUGAGCAAAUUCGGCGAGAAGCUCCUGCCCGUCUCCAAUUAUCCGCCCUAUCAGCAUAAUAAUAACAACAACGAGGAUAGGGAUAGUCAGGAGGUGCACUACAGUGGCGAGGGUCGAUUGCAUACGAUGGAAUCGCCUGUACCGUCGAAGGCACGAGCACCGGGUGGUGGUGGUGGUGACACUCCCAAAUUUCGUAAUAUCGGUGCCCAAAGGGGUCGAACCGAGGUUGGCGGAGGCCUGCGGGAGGCUGAUCGAAUCAGUUCCCGCGGGCGGGAUGGAUUCAUUGGCGGAGCCAACCACAAACAGAAGCCCUUCCGCGUCAAUCUGGCCGUCCUGGUGCAGGAUGAUCCCAGUCAACCGGGCGAGACGUCGUACACCAAUUGCCAGAACUCGCAGGAAUCCGACGAGAAUUGCCAAACGGAUGGCGAUGGGGAUGGGGAAGCCGCGAUGCCCAAUUUGCAGAGGGAUUGCGAGAAGACAGGGUUGCAUGUGAUGUGCCCGCGCACUUUCCGAUGCAUCAGCAAGUAUUGGCUAUGCGACGGUGACGACGAUUGCGGUGAUUAUUCGGACGAGACGCAUUGCGGAGCUCGUACGAACUGUACCGAGGAUCAGUUCGAGUGUCUGAAUGGCUUCUGCAUUCCACGGACGUGGCUCUGCGAUGGCGAGAACGAUUGCAAGGACUUCUCCGAUGAGACCCAUUGCAAUCGCACCAGCUGCACGGAGGAGCAUUUCACCUGCAACGAUGGCUACUGCAUCUCGUUGGCCUUCCGUUGUGACGGGGAGCACGAUUGCAACGAUAACUCCGAUGAGCUGAAGUGCGCGGCGGUGAUUAACAGCUGUCCGGAGGGCGAGUUCAAGUGUCGCGGGGGACUGGGCGGUGCCGGUGGGCCCAGUGGUCAGUGCAUCCUCAAUCGCUUCCGCUGCGAUGGGGACAACGAUUGCGGCGAUUGGAGCGACGAGGAGAACUGCCCCCAGAAGCCGUCGCUCUGCACCUCCAACGAGUACAAGUGUGCCGAUGGCACCUGCAUCCCGAAGCGCUGGAAGUGCGACAAGGAGCAGGACUGCGACGGCGGCGAGGACGAGAACGAGUGCGGAAGUCUGGGUGCGGAGCAUCCGUUGACCUGCGGUUCCGACGAGUUCACCUGCAACAAUGGACGUUGCAUCUUGAAAACUUGGCUUUGCGACGGAUAUCCAGACUGCACUUCGGGCGAGGAUGAGGUCGAAUGCCAUCUACAAUGCGACCUGGGACAGUUUUUAUGCCCAACCAAACAAAACAUAACUAAUCUCAAAAUCUGUGUUCAUCAGAAGCACAUUUGCGAUGGCCACAACGAAUGUCCCGCUGGCGAGGACGAGGCGGACUGCCCCAAGGAGCGAAAGUGCCUGGAGCCCAGUCCGUGUGAGCAACUCUGCAUCGAGACCAAAGCGGGGUUGGAUGAGUGUGCCUGUCGACUGGGCUAUGUCAUGGACAAGAACAAAGUCAACUGCACGGAUAUAGAUGAAUGCCAGUACCUGACCAGUCCCGUAUGUUCGCAAAAGUGCCACAAUACCCUGGGUUCCUUUAAGUGCUCCUGCGAAACGGGCUACAUACUUCGUCCAGAUCUGAGAUCCUGCAAGGCGCUGGGUGGCGCAAUGACCCUGCUGGUGGCCAAUCGCUGGGACAUCCGGCGGGUGACGCUCAGCAACAACCGAUACACGGCGAUCGUCAAGGGACUGCACAAUGCGAUCGCCUUGGACUUCCAUCAUCGCAAGGGACUGAUGUUCUGGUCGGAUGUCUCGACCGAUGUCAUUAAGAUGGUCUAUAUGAACGGCACGCGAGUGCGGGACGUCAUCAAAUGGGGUCUGGAGUCGCCGGGCGGCAUUGCUGUGGACUGGAUACACGAUCUGCUGUUCUGGACCGAUUCGGGCACCCGACGCGUCGAGGUGUCCAAUUUCCAGGGCAACCUGCGCACCGUCAUCGCCUCCUAUGAUUUGGACAAACCACGCGCCAUUGUGGUCCAUCCCGGCGAAGCGCUGGCCUUCUGGAGUGACUGGGGACCGAAUCCGAAGAUCGAGCGUGCUUUUAUGGACGGAACACAACGAAAAGUAAUCAUAUCAAAGGGCGUUACCUGGCCAAACGGUCUGGCCAUAGACUUUCCCAACAGCAAGUUGUACUGGGCGGACGCCAAGCAGCAUGCCAUCGAAUGUUCCAAUUUGGAUGGCAGCGAUCGCAACAAGAUCCUCAGCACUCACCUGCCCCAUCCGUUCGCUCUGACCCUCUUCGAGGACACCAUGUACUGGACGGACUGGAACACGAAGACCGUAUCGGCGGCCGACAAGAUAACGGGCAAGGAGUUCCGGGCGGUCCACGAGAACUUCCACUUUCCCAUGGACAUCCAUGCCUAUCAUCCGGCGCGACAGCCCGAGUAUGCCGAUCGCUGUCAGAAGGAUCGACGAGGUCUGCGUGGCGGCUGUUCGCAUUUGUGCUUGCCCAACAAGACGUCCCGUCGAUGCGGCUGCCCCAUUGGACUUUCCCUGAAGGAGGACGGUAAGACCUGUAAGAGUACCGCGGAUAAACUGGUACUGGUGGCGCGACGAAAGGAUAUCCGACUGAGGCACCUGAAGAACAAUCAAGCGGAUCCCAACGAGGUCGAUAUGAUUGUGCCGCUGGACAACCUGAAGCAUGCCGUCGCUCUGGAUUGGUGCAGCGAUACGGACUUCAUCUAUUGGACCGAUGUGGAGCGCAGCACCAUUAACAAGGCUCAUCUCAACGGGAGCUAUCAACAGAGGGUCGUGCACUCGAAUUUGGUCUCUCCCGUCGGCUUGGCUUUGGAUUGGAUAACCGAUAAGCUCUAUUGGACCGACCCGUCCACAAAUCGAAUCGAAGUGGCCACCACAAAUGGCAAGAUGCGCACCUUGCUCAUAUGGGAGAAGCUAUACAAGCCAAGGGAUAUCGUCGUGAACCCGAUUGAUGGCCUCAUGUUUUGGUCGGAUUGGGGUGAUGAGCCUAUGAUCGAACGUGCCAAUAUGGAUGGACAUGAUCGCAUUACUAUAUCAUCGAAGCGGCUUAAAUAUCCCAAUGGACUGGCGAUUGAUUACGAGAAGAGUAAAAUCUACUUUGUUGAUGGUGGCACAAAGACCUUGGAGAACAUGAACUUUGAUGGCAGCGGCCGACAAGUAAUCCUGAAUGGACUUGGCCAUCCUUUUGGCUUGGAUGUCAACGAGGGACGCGUGUUUUGGACCGACUGGGACACCAAGUCGGUGAUGAGUGCCAACAAGCUGACUGGCAAGGAAACCAACGUGAUUAUCGCCAAUAGUACAGAUCUCAUGGACAUCCGGGUCUUCCAUCGCACCCGAAGGCGCAUUUUCAAUGCCUGCGAUAAACUAAAUGGCGGAUGCUCGCACCUGUGUCUUCUGAAUCCCACUAGUUACACCUGCGCCUGCACGGUUGGAGUUCAACUGAAGGAAGAUGGGCACACAUGUUCCGAAGGACCAACCCAGUACAUUCUGUUCGCGCACAGAAUCGAUAUAAGACAAAUAUCACUGGAUUUCGAUCAUCUUAUCGACGUUGUCCUUCCCCUGCCGCCGAUCUCGAAUGCGGUCGCUCUCGAUGUCGAUCGGAAGACGGGCAACAUCUUCUGGUCGGACACCAUUGAGAAUGUGAUCAUGAGCUCGAGUCCGGAUGGUCUGCACGUGCACAAGGUGGUCGGUGAUAGUCUGGAGAAUCCCGAUGGACUGGUUGUCGAUUCGAUCGGUCGAACUAUCUACUGGGCCGAUGCCGGUCGUCACACCAUCGAGGUGGCCAGUUUGGAUGGAAGCAAUCGACAUGUCAUCGCCUACAAGGAUCUGGAGUCGCCACGUGGCUUGGCCCUCGACUAUGAUGCUGGCCUGUUGUUUUGGACCGACUGGGGUCACUAUCGCAAGAUCGAGCGAUCCCAUUUGGAUGGCAACGAGAGAUCCCGCAUUGUAACGGCCAAUCUGGGUUGGCCCAAUGGUCUGUCGUUGGAUCUGAAGAGCAAGCGAAUUUACUGGGUCGAUGCGCGACUCAAAACCAUCGACUCGUGUGAUUAUACGGGUAAUCAACGCAAGCUCAUCAUGUCAUCCCUCCACCAUCCGUAUGCAUUGGCUCUGUCCGAGGAUAACAUCUAUUGGACCGAUUGGAAGUCGAAGGCCCUGCAUAUGACCGAGAGACGGAAUAUAAGUGCUAAGCGUGAUAUAAUCACCAACAUCGAUGGUCUGAUGGACAUCAAGGUUAUCUAUCAGGAUCAACCACUCACCGAUAACGUCUGUGGAUCGAAUAACGGUAACUGCUCGCACCUCUGCUUGCGUAAUCCAUCGGGAUUCUCGUGUCAAUGCCCCAUUGGUUUGCGAUUGCGUCAGAAUAGCACUACGCAAUGCCAAAAUCUACCAGAGGACUACCUGCUCAUCGCCUUGCGUUCGGGAAUUGGUAUGAUCUCCUUGAAUUCCGGAGAUUUCAUGGACGUCGUUCUGCCAAUAAAUGGAGUGCAUGGAGCAGUCGUUCUUGACUACCACUACCGAAAGAACUUGCUCUUCUUCGCCGAUGUGAAUUUGGACGUAAUUCGUAGGGUUAAUCUAUUGAACUUUACCGAAAGCAAGGUCAUUGUCGGCACCGAAGUGCUGACGCCCAACGGAAUAGCCGUCGACUGGAUUGCAGACAACCUCUAUUGGUCCGAUACGGAUCGCAAACUAAUCGAAGUGUCUCGGCUGGAUGGGAGCUCUCGCAAAAGGAUUGUCGAGGACAAUCUGGGCGAUCCGCGUUCAUUGAUUGUGCAUCCGAAAAAAGCCUACUUGUUCUGGUCAGAUUGGAGUUCCCCUGCCAAGAUCGAACGUAGCUACUUGGACGGUUCAAAUAGAACGGUCCUUAUAACAUCCGGUAUUGGCUUUCCGACAGGCCUUACAAUAGAUUUCACAAAUCGGCGGUUGCUUUGGGCAGACGCCUUGGAGGACAACAUAGGCCAAGUGGACUUUAAUGGCAAACGCCGUCAGACUAUUGUUCCUUAUGCACCACAUCCAUUUGGUCUUACGAUGUUUGAUAGCAGCAUAUUCUGGACCGAUUGGUACAACAAAUCGGUGUAUCGUUCCCAGCGGUUGCCACGCAGUGGAUAUGGUAAUGCGUUCGAGGUGCGCGACGCCUUAAGCGGAGCUCUGGAUAUACGAGCCGUUUCGCUGAAUCGUCAGCCCAAGAGCUGGAAUCACUGCGCCCAGGACAACGGCGGCUGUUCGCAUCUCUGUCUCUAUCGCUAUGUCGACUACGUGUGUGCCUGUCCGGACAUUGUGGAUCCCAAGGAUGCGGCAUGUUCGACGAAGCCCAAGGUUCUGGUGCAUGCCAAUUUGGAGAACGAUCAGCUGCUCGAAUACUCCGACGAGUCCACCGAUGAUUCCACACCGCCCGACCUGCUGGGCGAGUCGAGUAACCAUGGCGACGAUAGUCACACGAAAAAGAGCGACCAGGAACGAGAGUUCUUUGUCCUUGUGGCGCUGGGCGUGGUCAUUGUUAUGGUUGUCAUCAUCAUACUCGUUAUCUUUAUGCUCGCCUUCAACACGAGCAAGAAGAAAAACAAACGAAACUCCCGCGGUUCCAGUAGAUCUGUACUAACCUUCUCUAAUCCGAACUAUAACGUUGAUGGUACGCCCAUGGAGCCAAAGACGAAUAUAUGGAAGCGAUUUAAAUACGACAAAUCUCAUCAGGAACGAGCCGGGGUCUAUGAAGAGCGUAGUCUGACCACGGAGACGGCUUCCUCGAGCCUUUUUGUCCCGACACCAUCGCCGAUGGCGUCGCCCUCUACGAAAACAAUCCAACUGACAACGCUCUCGACUAUCACAUAGCUGGCAUAAAUAGUUAAUGGCCCUCCUACAUAAGUAAAUCUUGGAAACCAUUUAUCGAUUCAUGCAAUUGUGAUUAAUUUGAUUGUAAAUGUGGAAAUCAACUGUUUUUUUCUUCUUUCCUUGAUUUUAAUUGCUCCUUAACCCCAGUAGUAAAUUUCGUUAAAUUUAUUCGGUUUUUUUUUCUGUUUGUUGUAAGUGCAAAUGUGUCCUGUUAAAGAUCAAAGGGGGUUUUGAGAUAAUACGAAAAAGAAAUAUAUUAUAUAAAAUGGAAAUGAUAUAAUAUUCAAUUAUGUAUGUAAUCACUAAAUUAUUUUCCUAUUUUUUAAGUAAUAAGUAAUAACUAUUAAGUAAUUCGGGUGCUUCGACUUUGAAACAAACAGAAUAUCCUACUACCAGGCGCGUUUUUUGUUUGCUGAUCACAAAUUACAAAAAAUUGACCAUAACUUGGUUUAUGUUUAUGUCUGAUUUCGCCAAUGAUCAAAUCAUUGUUAAGUCCAAUCAUAAACACAGUGAGUGUGCGGAAGUCUUUGAGAGAUUUUCCCAGCAAAAGAUUCCAUUUUCAUGCCCUAGCUCUUGUUUUACAAAUGUGCUAGGCUGUCGAUCCUAAGUCUGUAUGCAAAAUUGUACAACAUAAUUAAACGAAAAGGCGUCGAACACGUUUUUCGGAGUCCCAGAAAGCCCAACAUUUCAUUUGAAGAAUAUUUUUUGUCACAAUACGAGAACCGCGGGCUUAAUUCUAUUCAGGGCUUCAGCAAAAUAUCUGGUAACUUAAGUUUUCUAUCCGUGUUUGUAAAUAUAUUUUUUGCUUGCAGAUGUAUGAACUAUUAAAAUACACAAAGAAGCAUUCUUAUAUUUGCUCAACAAAUUUGGGGCAAAUUGAUUUUUUGUCUUUUUCUGUUAACCCUUAUGAAUUCGAUAAGUUUUCGGAAAUUCUACUCAGAGAUUGUAACUUUUGUAAGAGGCUUCCUAAAAAGAGUUAAAGGUUUUGAGGUUUCAAGGGUGGAGGCAAAAAUGUAAGGAAAUGUUUACCAUCGGCGAUGAUCGUUCUGGAUAACCGUGUGGUAAUAUC